AUGUGCUCCCCUCGCCUCUCCUUGCCUCGCCACCCCCAUCCCACCUACGCCCAACCCGACCCCCGCUCUCCCAUGUCCCCACCCCUACCUCCACCCUCUACCCCCUGCCCACCACCACCCGACCCUCCUCUUCCGCAGUCCAGGGCUCGAGUUACACUCCUCCUCCACCACCACUCCCACCUCCACCCCCAACCCUCCUCCGCAGUCCCACAGCCAUCCCACCCACACACCCAGAGAGUCACACCACACCCAACCUUCCCUUUCAUCAACCCCCACCCCCACACCCACACCCAACGCUCCUUCUCCACCCACACCCUCACCCCCAACCCACCGAAUCCUCCUCCUCCUCCUCCUCCUCCUCCUCCUCCGCAGUCCCAGGUGUUCAGUCGGAGUGCAGUCCCAGCUGUUCAGUCGGAGUGCAGGUGCGAGUCGGCGUCGUUGGACUCCUCCAGGCUCCCCUCCUCACCCCCACCCCCACCAACUCACCCCCAACAACCCACCCAGAGAGUCACACCACACCCAAUCUUCCCCUCUCCCCCACCCACACCCAACGCUCCUUCUCCACCCACACCCUCACCCCCAACCCACCGAACCUCCUCCUCCUCCUCCGCAGUCCCAGGUGUUCAGUCGGAGUGCAGGUGA